GAGAGAGAGAGAGAGAGGGAGGCAAAAGAACGAGAGAGCAGCAAAAAGAGAGAGAUGUAGAGGGAGGGUGAGACCUGCUACAUGUCUGAUGCAGGACGUAGUUUGCUUUCUGCAUGAAAAGAGUGGCUUCUUGCACCUCAGCCAGCAUUUUUUCAGUUGGCAGUCUAAGGAUUGCUUGCCACUUGCCUUUACUGACCAUGCUGAUGGAGAAAAUGUGAAAGAGAGGCUUUUUCAUUUUACCUGCAUUUCCAUACAAGGCACCAUGGCAUUGUUGCUUAUGAGGAUAUAGUAAAGUUUUCUUAUAAACUUUAUUCAAUUAGGUGAAUUUAUUAUGAUUGUUUUGCCAUCAUGAGCCAUCAGCCAGGGUUGGCCUCCAAAAGCUGUAAUCUGCACCCUAACCAUGAAUUUUUUGCACAAAUCAUUAAAAUACUAAGAGCAAGGAUGCAGAUGUGUAUUUGAGAGUGGCAGAGAAGCACAUGGUCCAAUGUUUGAAGGGAUGUUCUCCAGGACCGACCUCAAUGGACAGGAUGGUGCGUGUAUCACUCAACAGUCUGAGGGACGUGCUUUCAAUACAAGUGGCACGCAGAAUCUCAAAGCAACCCAGGAUCACUGGAGCAAGCAUCACAUCAAGGAAGUGGAGAAAGAUACUGAACCGGACUUCACAUUAUUAAAUGCACAGACUGAGAAAAACACUGGGGUGGUCCUCACCGGUGCUCAGUUUUGUUCUCUACAAGGUUCCAAAGAUCAGGGCCUGGGAACUCUUAGAAGGUCUUGUGUAGGGAUCGAGGGUCGGGUUAUGGAGAACUAUAAUAAGAUUCCUUGUUUUGUGCACAAUAAUGGACCGAAAGUAGAUCAUGCUUUUUCUGACUCAGUCAGUUCUGGUUUUCCUGGAGCCAAAGGUGAAAGAUGGGCUCAGAGGGAUGGAAACACCUUUCUCUGUGCAGGUCAUGCUCCGGUCUGCUCCAUUAAUAAUGAUAAAAUAGUCACAGUGAAGGAAGAAGGGAAGUGUGAGAAUGAGGAAGAGUCUAGUGCCAUCAUUGAGCACAUACUAAAAGAAUUACGCGGCAUAAAUAAGAUCCAGGAAGAGAUUUCAGAUCUGCGUGAGUAUCUCACAUCAGUAUGGGGUUCUGUUGAUGAAAUAUCUAGCUGCGUAGAUGCAGUUCUGAUGGAAAUUGAGGGACUCCGUUCAGGAUCAAGCAUAGGGGCGGGGAGUAGUGGAGAAAGCUCCAUACCCCAAAAACCCAAUACCCAAAUCGGUUUUGAGGUACAGGGAUCAUGUCAUGCAAUAACACAGGAGCUCAUAAAACUGCAAUCACAGUUUAGUGAAAGGACUGAACAUUCAAAGAGUUCAUCAACAGAAGGUAACUGGUCAGAACCUGCUGGGUCUACGUUUCGGACUUCCUCUGAUGGUUAUAACUUGAUCAAGAUUCCUGAUCAAGAUUCUUCAGAAAAAGCAUCGGAGUUACCAUCUUACUCCCUGUCUAGAAAAGUCAGCUUUAGUUUUCUAGAAUUUCAAGAAGGCCAGAAAUGCCCGAGCACCAGUUCCCUCUCUUCAAGCCAUAGCUCAAAGUCAAAUGAAUAUCACAAAGGGAAACACCAUGUAUCUACCAUGAAACCUGACGACUGGGGAACUGUGGGCCCACAGCGCAGUGUAAUUAAGAAGACAGAAGGUGACCUUCAACUUUCUUUUCCUCAAAAGAAUAUUACAGAACAAGGGGAGAAUCUUGGAGAAAUGGAUACGUGUAAACAAUGUAAGUUCACAGAUCCCGAGAGCCCCACAGAUCAGUCAUCAGUAUAUAGUCCUGAAUAUCUUGUGUUUGAGAAUGAUCGUCACUAUAAUACCCCUGCUGAUUCUCCCAGAUCAGCAAAUUGGCAGGCACUCGGAUAUCUACACCACAACAAUCGGGCAUCCACUGGCAUGCAGACAGCAAGCUGUAGUUUUGAAUAUGAUUACACUGACAGCUAUAUGUACUCUCCUACUUCUGGCUACCAUUAUCUAGAGACUUACAAUCAAGUAUGUGUGACUGAGCCCCCCAGAAUCCCCAAUCACAACUCGAGCAUUGUAGAGUGUGCCGAUUGCCGUGAUUGUGAUCUUACAACUGAUGAUCUGGAAUUGGGUAUGGGAGAAACUGUGAACCAAGAGUGGGAAAGACAGUCACAUGCUAUUAACACAGAUGAGGCAGCCUUACAAGGAGAGGAGGAAGAAGAAAGUGUCAACUUCCUUCCUAGUCUAAAGAAUGAGGAUGAGGAGGCUGAUAUAGGAUUCAAUGUGAAAAGGUUUGGAAAAGUGGUGCUAGAUUUCAAAAGUGCCGUUCGCUGUGCUCUACAUAAACUGGAGACCACAGGUCCUCAGUUCUCUGAGGAGGAAAUUGAAAGCAAACUAUCCAUAAGUCCAUGUAGAAGCCUGACAGAAAUAGACAGCACAGAAAGUAUCCGAGAGGAGGAGGGAAAUAGCUCCAUAGAACACCUUCUAGAGAUGGGCGGUGAAGCCUGUCAUAUGGAUGCAAAGCCAAGCCAGCUGGAUUCCCUGGAGGAGUGCCCUCAUACAUGCAGGACACAGUUUGGUCUCCAGGGCUCUUCAGGUACUCUUAUCUCUCAUGAAAUCAACACCAACAAGCUGGAAGGUGCAGGAGAAGCCCAGGCCACUGAGGAACAGAACUCCACCACAGCAAACCUGUCUGAGCUCUGCACUUGCGAUACAGAAGUCAGCCUGCAGGAGGCGCGGCGUCUCAAAUGCAUCAGUAACUUCCAGAAGAUCCUGAAGGAGAAGAGGCAGAUGCAGCAGAACCUUUCAAGGAUGACCAUGCACACCUUUUCUCAGGAGGAGAGCUUUCCAGAAGGCAGUAGAGGAGUUGUCCAGCAGAACCGUGAAGGUAAUGGCGACAUCAGCAAACACCCGUGGGUCAAGUCUAGUGGAGGGGAUAACUUUGGGAUUGACAGCAUGCCUGAUCUACGGAAGAAAAGGCCCAUCCCACUGGUCAGCGACUUGUCCCUUGUCCAGUCCAGGAAGGCUGGUAUCACCUCUGCCCUGGCCACAAGGACCUCCCUGAAGGAUGAGGACCUGAAGAACCAUGUCUACAAGAAGACUCUGCAGGCUCUCAUAUACCCCAUCUCCUGCACCACCCCCCACAACUUUGAGGUGUGGACGGCCACCACACCCACCUACUGCUACGAGUGUGAGGGGCUGUUGUGGGGCAUUGCACGGCAGGGCUUGAAGUGCUCGGAGUGUGGUGUGAAGUGCCACGAGAAAUGCCAGGACCUGCUCAAUGCGGACUGUCUGCAACGUGCAGCAGAGAAAAGUUCCAAAAUGGGAGCUGAGGAUCGCACCCAGAGCAUCAUAAUGGCCAUGAAAGACCGCAUGAAAAUCCGUGAGCGAAACAAACCGGAGAUCUUUGAGGAAAUCCGAGAUGUGUUUGGUGUUAGCAAACUUUCCCAUGCCCAGCAAAUGAAGGCUGUCAAGCAGAGUGUGCUGGACGGCACCUCAAAGUGGUCAGCCAAGAUCACAAUCACCGUGGUGUCUGCUCAGGGUCUGCAGGCCAAAGACCGAACGGGUUCGAGUGAUCCCUACGUAACAGUGCAGGUGGGGAAGACUAAGAAGCGGACCAGGACUAUUUAUGGAAACCUUAACCCAGUCUGGGAGGAAAAGUUUAACUUCGAAUGUCACAACUCCUCAGACCGGAUCAAGGUCCGUGUGUGGGAUGAAGAUGAUGACAUCAAGUCUAGAGUGAAGCAACGACUGAAGCGAGAGUCUGACGACUUCCUGGGACAGAGCAUCAUCGAGGUCCGCACUUUAUGUGGAGAGAUGGAUGUCUGGUACAACCUGGAGAAAAGAACAGACAAGUCGGCCGUGUCGGGAGCCAUCCGGCUGCAGAUCAAUGUGGAGAUUAAAGGAGAGGAGAAGGUGGCUUCCUACCAUGUUCAAUACACUUGUCUACAUGAGAAUAUAUUCCACCACUGCACUGCUGUCGAGGGCCAGGGUAUGGUCAAGAUUCCGGAUGCGCAUGGAGAUGAUGCCUGGAAGGUGUAUUUCGAUGAGGUGGCUCAAGAGAUCGUGGACGAGUUUGCGAUUCGUUACGGCAUAGAGUCUAUAUACCAAGCUAUGACACAUUAUGCUUGCUUAUCAUCCAAGUACAUGCUAUCCGGUGUGCCUGCAGUGAUGAGCACACUGCUGGCCAACAUAAAUGCCUUCUAUGCCCACCCCACAGCCCCCACCAAUGUAUCAGCCUGUGACCGAUUCGCUGCCUCCAACUUUGGGAAAGACCGGUUUGUCAAGCUUCUGGAUCAGCUGCACAAUUCUCUUCGUAUUGACCUCUCAGCUUACCGUAAUAAUUUCCCUGUUAGCAGUAAGGAACGCCUGAAAGACUUGAAGUCCACAGUUGAUCUUCUGACCAGCAUAGCCUUCUUCAGGCUGAAGGUGCUUGAGCUGCAAAGCCCACCGCGAGCCGGGCAGGUGGUAAAGGACUGUGUAAAAGCUUGCCUUAACUCCACCUAUGAGUACAUCUUCAAUAACUGCCAAGAACUCUACAGUCGCGAGUAUCAGACCCCAAUGGACCCGAAGAAAGAAGAAGAGACAGUAGAAGAGCAGGGCCCCAGCAUCAAGAACCUGGACUUCUGGCCAAAACUCAUAACCUUGAUCGUGUCCAUCAUUGAAGAGGAUAGGAACACUUAUACUCCAGUGCUCAAUCAGUUUCCUCAGGAACUAAAUGUUGGGAAAGUCAGUGCAGAAGUUUUAUGGACGCUGUUUGCCCAGGACAUGAAGUAUGCCAUGGAAGUUCUGGAUAGCAUUGACCAUUACCAUUGGAAAAACGCCCCAGCCACAUGCCGCAUACGUAAACAAGAAUUUUAUGCUGAGCAUGAAAAGCACAAGCUGUGCAAAAGUGCUGACUACAUGAACCUGCACUUCAAGGUGAAGUGGCUGUACAACGAGUAUGUGAAAGGCCUGUCAGCUUUCCAAGGCAUUGUCCCAGAUUACCCAUCGUGGUUCUUGCCCUUUGUGUUGCAGUGGCUGGCCGAGAAUGAAGUUGUGUCCGUGGAUUUUAUGCAUGGGGCUCUAGAGAGGGACAAGAGGGAGGGAUUCCAGAAGACUUCAGAGCAUGCCUUGUUCUCCUGUUCUGUGGUGGACAUUUUCACGCAACUCAAUCAGAGCUUUGAAAUUAUAAAAAAAUUAGACUGUCCAGAUUCCACAGUUGUGGCGCACUAUAACAGACAUUUCUCCAGGACCAUAAGUAAAGUGCUGCUACAAUAUUGCGAAGUCCUCAGCAAGAGCUUCCCCUCCUACUGUGACAAGGAGAAGAUUCCCUGCAUUCUUAUGAACAAUGUCCAGCAGCUGCGAGUCCUCCUAGAGAAGAUGUUUGAAAGUAUGGGCGGCCAACAGUUCACUGCAGAGGAGUUAGGGUUGGAGGACGAAGAGGAACCAGAGGGAUUUGAUGAAGAGGGUGUCUGUCAUGAUGAAGGAAAUAGUGGCAUGUUGGACCCAGAAGCUAGUGACUUGCUGACCAAUCUGCAGGUGAAGUUGAGCAAUGUGCUGGAUGACCUGAGUAUUAUAUUUGUGAACAGUUUCCAGAGCCAGAUCAAUGGGUGUAUAAGGCAGAUGGCAGAGCUGUUGUAUCAAGUGAAGGGUCCUCCUAAUGUCUCCAGCAUGGUGGAGGCCGACUCUGACCACAUUCUGCGACCUCUCAUGGAGUUCCUGGAUAGCAACCUCAUGGUAUUUGCUGCCGAGUGUGACAAAACCGUGCUGAAGAGAGUCCUGAAAGACCUUUGGAGGACUGUCGUGACCGGCCUGGAGAAGAUUAUUGUGCUGCCACAGAGCAAUGACAGCAUUGGUGCUCAGAUCCUCAGCGCUGCCAAGGAGCUUGGACAGUUCUCAAAGCUGAAGGGUUCAACUGAAGCCAAAACGCUGUCCCCAAAGCAGUGUGCUGUAAUGGAUGUCACACUUGAGACCAUCAAGCAAUAUUUCCAUGCGGGUGGAAAUGGGUUGAAGAAGGCCUUCCUGGAGAAGAGCACUGAGCUGUCCUCCUUACGCUAUGCUUUGUCCCUCUACACACAGCCAACGGACGCUCUAAUACAAACCUUUGUUACCACACAACACACCCAGGUACAUAAUGGAAUGGGCAUCAGGAUUACAGUCAAUGACAAAGUAUGGUCUGAUCCGGGGCCAGGGGUGGAACGGGCAGUUGGUGAGCUGUCCAUGCAGGUGGAUAUUGCAACUGGUCCCAAGGAACAAAAGGUCACAGUGAAAGUUCUCGCAGUGAAUGACCUGAAGUGGCAGACCACUGGAAUGUUCCGACCCUUUGUGGACGUGACAAUCAUCGGCCCCCAUAUCAGUGAGAGGAAACGCAAGUUCACAACCAAGUCCAAGAACAACAGCUGGUCACCAAAGUAUAACGAGUCCUUUCUCUUCACUCUGGGAAAUGAAGUACGUUUGGACUGUUACGAGUUACAGGUGUGCGUGAAGGACUACUGCUUUGGUCGGGCAGACCGGGUCGUGGGCAUUGCUGUCGUACAGCUGCGGGAUGUGGCUGACAGACGCAGUUGCAUCUGCUGGUGCCCUCUGGGCUGUCGGAUACAGACAGACGAGACAGGCCUGACAGUUCUGCGGAUCCUCUCUCAGCGAUCCAACGAUGAGGUGGCCAAGGAGUUUGUCAGGCUCAAAGCGGAGACACGCUCAGCUGAGGAAGGCAGAUGAAGAAGGAAGGUGGAGGUUAUUUACAUAGGCUAGGCACCACAUCUGGGCUAGUACACGGUGAAUGACAGGACUUUUUUCCACAUCCCCCUGCUGGUCUCAGUUUGUCUAAGAAGGGAAGGGAUUAUGGGUAAAAGCUUUUGCAGGUGGAAUUCCUCCCACCUGGCCAUGUUUGCCUUACUCUCAUUUUUCACUCUUUCUGAAGUAACAAAGUGGAAGCUCACAGUGAAAGCUGAGAUGAACCUUAUGGCACAUUUCCACUGCCACCAGGAACCGAGCCGUACCCGAUCUGUUCCUCGAACUGAUGGUGUUCGAUUGCAAAGUAUGUGAGCCGUACCUGAGCCAUACCUGCCCUGUACUGUACCUGUGCUGACAUGGCCCUGCUCAGCGUGAUCAAACCCGGCUAGUUGCGUCAGCACCUCUCAUGGGUUGAAAGCACGGAGAUACCAGUUAUCUGCGUCGAUAAGGAUGGUCUAUCUGAAGGAAAAAAACUGCAUAUUUUAUAUAUUAAUUAUUUGUAGUGUCACACAUUGCAGUGUAUUAAUGCAUUCCUGAUACUUUGAAACUUUCCAACCUCUGACUUUAAAAAGUACUGUAGAACAGCUGAAUGGAAUGGAUUCUUAAAGAAAACUUACACAGAGUGAUUGCUAAUUCUGUUAGCAUUUGACGCUAGCAUAACACAGCAAUUCUCAUAGACGUUCUAGUGAAAAUUAGCAAACGGUAAACAACAAAAAAAGGGAGAAACAUUUGUACAUAGAAAGUCUUAAUGUACACCGUGCGGACAGUAUAUGUGCGGCUCUUCGGUUUUGCGUCACAGUCGCUCUCCAAACCCAGCAACAUCUUCACCAAGCCGACCCUUCGGCAGUGGAGCAUCGAAGCGAGCUGGAACCGCGAUGUAACUAGUCUCUCUUUGCGGCACAGCUUGGGCCAGUUCCAGUGUGCCAGUGGAAAAGUGCCAUUAGAGUCAUGGCCCCUGUAACAGUUUCCCUGGUUUGUUGGGAACUGCAUCUUCUCCUCCUACGUCUCUCAUACAAACACACGCCUAUCUGGGGUGUUUGUCAGAGCCUGUGAAAUCAACAUAGCCCCCAUUAUGCAGCAGCUGAUGUUAUAUCACACUUAUUUUUUACUUAGCAGACACUGUAUAAAUGGGGGUCCGAGGGCGGGGUCAGUCGAUGUCCUGGCAGCAAUUGGAGCUAAGGGCCCAGUAGUAACGUAACUCUGCCAACCACGGGAUUUCAGCUAGCGACUUUACAGUCAUGGGCACAGAGUCCUUACCCACUGAGGCUCUCAGUUCCCCAAAAUACAUACAGUUUUUAAUCAUUGUCCAUGAGAGUAACAUCAAAGGCCACAUUCCUCAUCACAAACGUGAGUGUGAUGCGUGUUCUGCACAUCAGCAAGAGAAAACCCUAUACACACAUAUAGUACAUGAAUGUGAUGUGAAUAUAUUAUUUAUAGGGUAUGUAAAUUACUACAACACAAAGAAUUUGGAUUGCCAGGAAAUGAGUGUCUAUAUUCAUCAUCCAGACAGUUUUAUAUCAUUGACCAAGUGUUACAAGACCUCUACUGGUGUACAUUACAGUGUAUACAUUAUGGAAGGACAGGCGGAUGGAUGGAUGGACGGACGGAUGGAUGGAUGGAUGGACGGACGGAUGGAUGGAUGCUUUUAAUCCCCCCCCCCCAUGUCUUCCUGUUUCUAGGGUAUGUGUGAGUCCAUUUUGGACAGCAAUCAUAAAAGGUUCUCAGAAGUAUAAUUUCUGAACUUUUCUGAUUAAGGAAAAUAUUGUUAUUUCCAUUACUGAUAUUGUUAGGAAUAUUUAUUGACAAGAAUGUCUCCUCAUAGUUUAUGCGGUAUGCAUUAUGUAUGUUCUUGUGUGAAAUGACAUGGACUUGCAUGUAAGUUUGCAUAUGCUAAUCUAAAGAGCUAGAAAGACAACAGGCUAACACAGUCAGACCGAUAGGAGAGACAGUCCCAAGUAGUAGAGUGGAUGACAUUUCAGUUCUUCUGCUUCUAUCAUCAUUAUUGUGGCCUUAAUAUUUUAGUAAAAAAAUGAAAGAACUCAUUCAAACUCACAUUAUGUGUAGUAGCACAGUCUCCCCCGGUCUCUUCUUUCAGUGGUGCAGGGGUGCAGGACAGCAGAGUAAAGUUGUAAAAAUAAAACAGAUCCUUAAUACAUUGUAUAUAUUUUGUGACAAGCAGUGCAAAAAUGUGUUAUUUAUAUGUAUUUUUAUAUGUGAAGCAUAUAUCUUCAUGACAUGUCUGAUAUUGCAUGUACUGUAUAUUUUGAUGUAUUCCAGAGCUUGAGUUGUGAAUUUUUAUGUAUUCUUUAAUGGUGACAAGUAAUGUUAAUGAUAACAUUAGAAUUACACAUCAAAAUUACUUCAACAAAAACAUGAGUUUUGCGUAUAAAGUUUUAAAUUAAAGCCUUAAACUCUU